AUGGGCAAGAAGCAAGAGAUGUCCCAGGUGUACCACGGGAGCAACAACGAGUUUAUCUUUGGCGACCAUGGGGGUAAAGGCAAGAACCUCUCGUCGUUCCUCAAAAACUUGCUGCUCACGGGGCUGCUGAAGAAGCACCCCACGGCGCUGACCAUCGACGACUCCCACGCCCAUAUCUACGGGCUGAUGAAUAAAGGCACCUCUCGCGGUGGUAGCCGGCCUACCGACUCGCUGGUACUUGAUUACGCCAGCAAAAGACCCCAGACAAAGCGCACCAUGAGCGGGUCGCUGAAAGGGCUGAGGCGGCGUACCAAUACGUAUACCGAUCUUGACGACGACUGGGACGCGGGGAUCGAGGACGAACUCACCACCAAGACAUCAGCGCCUACGCCCAAGAGUUUGCUGAGGGUGGUGCUGCUGCAGCACGGCUACGUUGACCUGUUUUUCCCCGAGUUGGGGGUGGUGGGUUCCGAGCCGUCCCGGGUGUCCCACGACGACGAAGAGGACGUGUUGGCAAAGCUGGAGAUUUCUAAGCUUAACCAGCUCCAGAACAAGUACCUUAAGUUUAAACAGGUGAUGACCACCGAUAGCAGUGUCGAUAUCGCUGAUUUGCGUAAGCUUUCGUGGAGCGGGAUCCCUCCCGAGAUGAGGGCGAUGCUGUGGCAGUUACUUCUUGGCUACUUACCCACAAACAAAGCUCGCCAGGCGCUGACACUUAAGCGGAAGCGCGACGAGUACGUCGAGGGGUUUAAUCUGAUCACCGUGGACUUUGACGAGCUGAGCUCGUACCCGCAAAUCGGCUCCGAAAUCACCAACUUGGCCACCAAUAAGGAUAAGGCGCUCGACCACCAGAUUAAGAUCGAUGUCAAGCGCACUAACCCAACCCAGAAAUUCUACUCGCUGGAGCCGGUGCAGCGGCUGUUGCGCAAGAUCCUCUACCUCUGGGCGGUACGCCAUCCUGCCAGUGGCUACGUCCAGGGGAUCAACGACUUGGCCACCCCCUUUUUCCAGAUCUUCGUCAUGAACUACGUGUGGCAACUUCAGCGCCAGAAGUUGCGCGAACUGGACCCCCACUUGAUGAUCCCGGGCCUUUUGGUGGACGACGCUAUUGAGCACGAGUUACUCGACCACCCGGACUUGCUCAACCUCACCAUCGACACCUUAGACCCGCAACUCCUCAGUCCUAAGGCGCUUGUUAUUAUUGAGGCCGAUACCUACUGGUGUCUUCUGAAGCUCUUGGAGAACAUCACCGAUAACUAUAUUCACGAGCAGCCAGGGAUCCACCGCCAGGUGAAUGAUUUACGCAAUUUGGUGGCCAAGAUCGACGUUGAUCUCUUAAACCAUUUCGACCGCGAAGGGAUCGAGUUCCUCCAGUUUUCGUUCCGGUGGAUGAACUGUUUGUUGAUGCGGGAGAUGCUGAUCGACUUGAUUAUCCGCAUGUGGGACACCUACCUUUCGGAACAGCCGUUGGGGUUCAACAACUUCCACGUGUACGUGUGCGCCGCGUUCCUCAUCAAGUUUGCCACGCAGCUUAAGCUGAUGGACUUUCAGGAGAUCAUCUUAUUUUUGCAGAACCCGCCGACCCAGGGAUGGACGGAUAAGGACGUCGAGCUCAUGCUCUCGGAGGCGUUCAUCUGGCAGUCACUCUAUAAGAAUGCCAGUGCUCACUUGAGGUAG